AACAAGCACAAGGUCUGAUUCGUGUUUCCUUACAUCAACUUGUGGUCUAAAAAUGGGAAGGAUGCCAUGCUGUGAGAAGGUAGGGUUGAACAAAGGACCAUGGAAAACCGAAGAAGAUGAGAAGCUCGUGGCUUAUGUUGAAAGGCAUGGCCCUGGAAACUGGCGUUCAGUGCCUGCCAAAGCGGGUCUUCAAAGAUGUGGCAAGAGUUGUAGACUGAGGUGGAUCAACUACCUAAACCCUAAUAUCAAACGAGGAAGCUUCAGCUUGGAGGAACAUCGCACCAUUGUUCAACUCCACUCUCUUCUCGGAAACAAAUGGUCAAUCAUAGCCGCGCACCUGCCCAAGAGAACUGACAACGACAUCAAGAACUACUGGAACACCAACAUCAAGAAAGGACUCAUCGGAAAGGGCUUAGAUCCCCUUACCUACAAACCAAUAAAAUCCAACACUUUUCAAGCCUAUGGUGGUAAUUUCCUUGACCCUUCCAUUGACACCACCAAUAUGAACCAUGUGGCUCAAUCGGAGAGUGCUCAAAUCGAAGCCGAAGCAAGAGAAUCUAUGUUGCAAUUUGGAUCUCUCCCUUCACAUCUCCCUGGGCUAAUCUUAAGCAAAAUCCCAACUCAACCUUUUCCUUCAUCAGCUUCUCUAUUAACCCAACGCAUUAAUACAACAUAUGACAUGUAUGCCCUCGUGCUUGCGACGAAUCAUCUUGACCUUCAUCCACCACCAUUCACUGACCCUGAAAGCUUCCCUAGUAGGAAGCUUCUUCCUUCAGUCUCUACCAGUGUUGGACAAUCCACUGAUCCUGAAAGCUCACUCUCUUAUGAUGGUAUUGGUUAUAAUAUGAUAGACAAUAGUAGUAGUCAAAUGCAAAUGACGAUGGAAUGUUAUGCGACAAACUUUGAAGAUGAUGAUGUUAUGAUAGCUCUAGAAGCAUUUGGAAUAGCAAGGUUUGAGGGCAUUCAAGAAUUGUUUGACGGGCCCACUACCAUGGAAGAUCUAAUCAAUGAAUCUUUUGAAAGAGAUGUGUAGAAGAGUAUGGAAAUGGAAAGUGCAAUUUCCAUGCUUUCCUUUGUUGGUUCCAAUAAAAGUAAUGUGUGGUUUUGUAACUUUUCUUUUGAGGGAUUUUCUAUUUCAUGUUGAGUUGGGUGCCUCAUUACAUGUGUUUCAGGUUCAGGGUGUCUUGUGUCCUGGACUACAUGAUAGGUGUUGAGGGUUGUUCUGUUAUCGGAAUACACAACACUUGUACUGUAGUUUUCUCAUGUUUUGGUGCUAUAGUCUCGAGCAUUUCUUGCGUUUAUUUUCCUUUAUUUUUAAUGAGUUAUUUGCCUUACUAAAAAAAUUACAGUGAAGCCAAAGUCGUGAGGUUGCAAGUGUUGUCAUGGUUCUAAAUUGUGUUUGGGAUUGUGGUUGUGAUCUCAUUGCAAUUAUGAUCAGUUGUAAUGAGUUAAAAAAAACUUUUAUGUUACAGUCACAGUUAUGAAUAUGAA